AUGGCAGUGUCCAACUCAGCAGUGAACUCAACUCUCAUCCAAGAUAAGCUGGGGGCACAACAUCUGGUAUUCUACAUGUCAAAAGCACUCCUCGAUGCAAGAAACCCCGAUGCUUCUCAGCGGCUCAUGAAACGGGCUAUUGAACUCAGUCAGUACAACCUCUUCUACCGGUCGAAGACUGCUAUAAAGGCCCAAGUUUUAGCUGAUUUUGUUGUAGAGUUUACUCCAACAGCUAAAGAAGAGAAGCUGGUCACAAAAAACAAGGAAAAUUCAAAAGUAGACAAUACCUCAUUCGCAGAUCCAGACAUGCCCAAAGACAUGUGGCAAUUACGCGUAGACGAAGCGUCAAAUCAUAAUCGAGCUGGAGCAGGAGUUGUCAUAAUCACCCCAAAUGGAACUUUGUUCUAG